UUACUCUAACAUUAUAGCUCACGCCCUUUUAUUUCUAUUUUUACUUCUGUCUCUACAGCCGUGCCCCAAGCCGUGCCCCAAGAGAACGAUAUCCGUCUCGUGACAACGGAAACGACCACCACCCGGUUAGGCCGUGUCGAAGUCUUUCACGGAGGCAGGUGGGGAAGCGUGUGCGACCAAGGCUUCGAAAUGGAAGACGCCAAAGUUGUCUGCAGGCAGUGGGGCUACCCCGCCGGUGUAUACUCAUUAAGGUACUUGGAAUCGAAAUACGGUCAGGGCCGGGGCCCUAUCAUGCUCUCCAACGUGAGAUGCACAGGCACUGAGGCGAAACUGACCGACUGCCCGGCUGACCCCUGGGAGCAAAACCAGUGCACCCGCGACCAAGAAGUCGGUGUUAUGUGCAGAGGAACACGCACCGAACAGACAAAUGCAGCGAGGGAGCUUUAUGACAUGAUAGAACAACUGGAAGAAGCGUAUGCCGAGAAGGAAGAAGCGUACGCCGAGAAGGAAGAAGAUUUUUUCCAGACUCUGAAGGAAGAAGACGAAGCAUAUCAAGAGAAGAAAGAGCUCGAGCUCGUGGCUGAGAUCCUGGCCCAACUCGAGGACAAUUAAAAUCCAACAGAGCAUCCCCCGCUAUAGGGAAACUUCCAUGGAAAGACGGGAUAGAAGGGAAUUAUGUCAGAAUAUGCGCCGAAAUUCCACGUUCCAUUUUUAAAAUUAUUAUAGCAUACAUUUAACUAUCUUGUUGUUUUUGUCAUUCUUCUUCUUCUUUAGAUGCAUGUAUAGCAUUGCUAUAAAGUUUUAAAAAACCAUUUCUUAAGUAUUUCUUAAAUGAGAACAGAGCAUUCCCCCGCUAGGGAAACUUCCAUGGAAAGAGGGGAUAGAAGGGAAUUAUUAUGUCAGAAUAUGCGCCGAAAUCCCCUGUUUAAAAUUAAUGUAGCAUUUAACUUAAUUCUUCUUUUUGUCCUUUCUCUUCUUCCUUUUCUUCUUUAGGUGCAUGUAGCAAUACUAUAAAGUUUUUAAAUUCGAUUGAUUAUUGGUAAAAUAAACUUCAUGAGCAAUUAUCAUAA